AUGGACUACUCCUACCUCAAUUCGUACGACUCGUGCGUGGCGGCCAUGGAGGCGUCCGCCUACGGCGACUUCGGCGCCUGCAGCCAGCCUGGCGGCUUCCAAUACAGCCCCUUGCGACCCGCCUUCCCCGCGGCGGGGCCGCCCUGCCCCGCACUCGGCUCCUCCAACUGCGCGCUUGGCGCCCUACGCGACCACCAGCCCGCGCCCUACUCGGCAGUGCCCUACAAGUUCUUCCCGGAGCCGUCAGGCCUGCACGAGAAACGCAAGCAGCGGCGCAUCCGCACCACUUUCACCAGCGCGCAGCUCAAGGAGCUGGAGCGCGUCUUCGCCGAGACCCACUACCCGGACAUUUACACGCGCGAGGAGCUGGCACUCAAGAUCGACCUCACCGAGGCUCGUGUGCAGGUGCGUGUAUGCGCGCGGAGGGCCAGGGCGGAUCCUGUUCGCUCACGAGGCGGCGCACCGGUCCCUUUCCGACCCACAUGCCGGCUGACCGGCCCCCUGUGCCCGCAGGUCUGGUUCCAGAACCGCCGGGCCAAGUUCCGCAAACAGGAGCGCGCGGCCAGCGCCAAGGGCGCGGCGGGCACGGCGGGAGCCAAAAAGGGCGAGGCGCGCUGCUCGUCCGAGGACGACGACUCCAAGGAGUCCACGUGCAGCCCCACGCCCGACAGCACCGCAUCCCUGCCGCCGCCGCCGCCCGCGCCCAGCCUGGCCAGCCCGCGCCUGAGCCCCAGUCCGCUGCCCGCCGCCCUGGGCUCUGGGCCCGGACCCGGGCCCGGGCCCCAGCCUCUCAAGGGCGCGCUGUGGGCCGGCGUGGCGGGCGGUGGGGGCGGCGGGCCAGGCACGGGCGCGGCCGAGCUGCUUAAGGCCUGGCAGCCGGCGGAGCCCGGGCCCGGGCCCUUCUCGGGCGUUCUGUCCUCCUUUCACCGGAAGCCCGGUCCCGCUCUGAAGACCAACCUCUUCUAG